GACGUACUAAGGAAUAAAGUUUAUUAUUCUUCCUAGAAAUAUAGCGGAAUAUUAUUUCAACAUAAAGUGUCCAAAUAACUUAAUAAUAUUUCUUUUAUAGUAUUAAUAGUGGUCAGUUUACUUUAAAUUUCUAUCUUAUUAGGGGUAGAAACCGUCAUAUUCGAGUUUUUACACUUUUUUUAAUAAUACAGUAAAUAUGGCAGAACGGGGUGGUUUUGGACGUGGUUUUGGCUCUCGUGGAAGUGAUAGAGGAAAUAGAAUAAGGGGUUCACGUGGUAGAAGCCGUGCAUCACCAGCAGAAGAUGAAUUGAAGAGUUGGGUACCAGUAACUAAGUUGGGUCGCUUAGUACGUGAUGGAAAAAUUAGUUCAAUUGAAGAAAUUUAUUUACAUUCAUUACCAAUUAAAGAACAUCAAAUUGUUGACUAUUUCUUUAGCUCUUCUAAUCCUUUAUCAGAAGAAGUUAUGAAAAUUAUGCCAGUACAGAAACAAACCCGUGCAGGUCAAAGAACUCGUUACAAGGCAUUUGUAGCUGUUGGAGAUUACAAUGGACAUAUUGGUUUAGGUGUAAAGUGUGCAAAAGAAGUUGCAACUGCAAUUCGUGGUGGUAUUAUUGCUGCUAAACUCUCAUUAAUACCAGUACGUCGUGGAUAUUGGGGUAAUAAAAUUGGUGAACCACAUACAGUUCCAAUGAAGGUUAGUGGUAAGUGUGGUUCUGUAUUAGUACGUCUUGUACCUGCACCUCGUGGUACUGCCAUUGUUGGAGCACCAACUACAAAAAAAUUAUUACAAUUUGCUGGUGUUAAGGAUUGUUUUACCUCAUCUCGUGGUUGUACAAAGACUAGGGGAAACUUUAUGUUAGCUAUAUUUGCUGCAUUAAGAAGUACCUAUUCUUAUUUAACCCCAGAUUUAUGGAAAGAAUAUUCAUUUACACCUUCACCAUACAAACAAUAUUCAGAUUUUCUUGCUUCAACUAGUUCCAAAGUUGUUGUUUAG